GCCGCCCUCCCCCGCCGGGCUGCGCUCUCUCAGCCGGUUCCUCUUUACAUAACGGCGCGGGGCGGCAUGGGCUCGGGCCACCGCCUCCGCCCGGCGGCCCGCCCGGACUAUCGCGGCCCGCGGUGGCGACGGCGGCAGCAGCAGCAAAGUUUCCCCGGCGGCGGCCCGGGGGCGCAUCCCCCCGCAGCUGUCAAGCUCUGGCGGCGGAAAUGAUGAGACGCUGGCCAUUUUCCGAGCCCGGGUUUCCUGCCUGAGCCCGGCUUGAGCGAGCCGAGAGCCAGGAGCCGGCGCGCAGAGGGAACGUGCCCGGGGCGGGGGCCCGCCCGCCCCCUCGGGAUUUCGUGGGGCCAGGGGCGCGCGACGCCAUGGGCCGGCCGGGCCCGGACCCCCUCUCUCUCAGCCCGGCCGCGCCACCUGCAUCUCCGCCAUGAACGGGCCCGCCCUGCAGCCCUCCGCGGCUUCCUCCACGCCCUCCGCCUCCUCACCCACGAACGCGGCGCCGGCCCCGGCCCCACGGGGCUGGAGCGAGUUCUGCGAGCUGCACGCGGUGGCCACGGCGCGAGAGCUGGCCCGGCAGUACUGGCUCUUCGUGCGCGAGCACCCGCAGCACGCGCCGCUGCGCGCCGAGCUCGUGUCGCUGCAGUUCACCGACCUCUUCCAGCUCUACUUCUGCCGCGAGGUGCGCCAGGGCCGCGCGCCCGGGCCGCCGGCUCGCGACUACCGGGAGGCGGGCCGCGGGCCCCCGGCCAAGGCCGAGGCCCCCCGAGCCGAGGCGGGCUCCGGCCCCGCCGCCCCUGCCCUGCCCAAGGCCCGCAGCUCGGAGGAGCUGGCCCCGCCGCGGCCGUCCGCGCCCUGUGCCCUCCAGCACCUGCGCCACAGCCUCCGCCACAUCAUCCGCCGCCGCUCGGCCGGGGAGGUGCCGGCGGCUGGAGCCGCGGGGGAGGCCCGGCCCAAACCCGGCCUGGCCAGGAAGUUCCUGCCCUGGAGCCUGGCCCGAGAACCGCCGCCCGAGGCCCUCAAGGAGGCGACACUGCGCUACAGCCUGGCCGACGAGGCCUCCAUGGACAGCGGGCCGCGCUGGCAGCGCGGGCGGCUGGCCCUGCGGCGCGCCCGAGCCCCGGAGGGCGGCGCGGACCGCGUGCUUGAGCUCUUCGACCCGCCCAAGAGCUCCAAGCCCAAGCUGCAAGCAGCCUGCUCCAGCCUCCAGGAGGUCCGGCGGUGCACACGCCUCGAGAUGCCCGACAACCUCCACACCUUCGUGCUGAAGGUGAAGGACCGGACAGACAUCAUCUUUGAGGUGGGAGACGAGCAGCAGCUGAAUUCAUGGAUGGCUGAGCUCUGGGAGUGCACAGGCCAAGGCAGGUUGGAGAGCGCGGACCCAGAGACGCACAUUCCCUCGGCUCCAGAGCCCGGCACGACCAGCUCACCGAGGGGAAGCACCGAGUCCCUGAACCAAGCAGGGGCUUCCCCUGGGGCGUUGCUGGACCCCGCCUGCCAGAAAACAGAUCACUUCCUGUCCUGCUACCCCUGGUUCCACGGCCCCAUCUCCCGAGUGAAGGCCGCCCAGCUGGUCCAGCUGCAGGGCCCCGACGCGCACGGAGUGUUCCUGGUGCGGCAGAGCGAGACGCGGCGCGGGGAGUACGUGCUCACGUUCAACUUCCAGGGCAUAGCCAAGCACCUGCGCCUGUCGCUGACCGAGCGGGGCCAGUGCCGCGUGCAGCACCUGCACUUCCCCUCCGUCAUGGACAUGCUCCACCACUUCCAGCGCUCGCCCAUCCCGCUCGAGUGCGGCGCUGCCUGCGACGUCCGGCUGUCCAGCUACGUGGUGGUCGUCUCCCAGCCCCCAGGUUCCUCCAACACCGUCCUGUUCCCGUUCUCCCUCUCGCGCUGGGACUCAGAGCUGGGGCUGCCCCACCUCAGCGCCGCUGCCUGUCCGAGGGGGCCGGGCCCCGGGGGCCCCCCAGGCCGGUCCUCCCCCCCAGAGCAGAUCUUCCACCUGGUGCCUUCGCCCGAGGAACUGGCCAACAGCCUGCGGCACCUGGAGCCAGAGCCCCCCGGCCGCGCCCGGGACUCGGACUACGACAUGGACUCCUCCCCCCGGAGCCACCUGCGGGCCAUCGACAACCAGUACACACCUCUCUGACGGGCGGCGGACGCCCCGGAGGAGCAAGCACAGCGAGUGGAGACAGGACUUGUGAAUGUAACUGCCUUUCCUUCCUUUCAGAGAGAGGGGACACUGUUAACUGUUCUUCCAGUUUGGACGCAACCCUUCUAUCAGGCCUGUUACAGGGCCCCUCUAAGUUGCAGGCUGACUUUCUCCUUGUUUACAGACGUGGUUCUUGUUCGCAGAUGCCGCCGGCUCCCGCCCUGGGCCGGCCCCCGUCACUCUCAGGAGGGGCGGGCAAGGGCCAGGCCUGGCAGUGGAAAUGUGUUCUCUUUCUCACUGACGCUGUCGCAGCUGAUGACAGGCGCUCUGCUAGCGGGGAGGGGUCCUCAGGAAGCCCAAAACACUAACCAGCCCUGGACUGUCGCAUGGUUUUCCCGUUGUGGCGUCAGUGCACGUGGCCGCUCUGCGGUGCCCCCGCCACGGGCGACCACACCUCUCCUGCUUCGACACUCAGCCUUACGACUAAGCUCAAGAAUGAUGUUAAACAUUUUACCUCAGAUAAAUUUUUCAAAGGAUUCAGGUUUGAAAACUAAACCAAGCAUCGCUCAUUUCACUGUACUGUCUGAACUAACACCCAGGUUUCUGCAGCUAGAGACAGCUAUGCAACCCCCACCCGACCAGCUCCCGGCCGAGCCAGCCGCCGGGCCUCCUUGUCUGGCGCGUCCUGAGGACAGGCACCUGCUGCUGAGCAGCCGCUGUCCUCCCCGGUGCAGAGAAGUGGAGCCUGUCACCCUUUCGGGGGCAUCCAGGCAGUUACUGAAAUAGGGUGGCAAGCUGUUGUUCUACCCUGGUGCCUUAUGAGUCAAAAACUGGAUUCUGCUUCACAGCAGCUUUACGGUGGGCGUUAAACUGAGGGGUGAGGGAG